AUGGAUUUUACGUCUGAUUCUAGAGUUGGUAGCCAGUCCGGUGUUGUUCAGGAGGAUGCUGCAAGUAGCAGCAGCAGUAGCGAGUUGAAUCCUGAACAUGAACGACUGCUACGACUGCAGGACGUUAAAGAUUCACUAUUAGCUAAGCGUAAUGCCCUGGUUAAGGAAAUGGAAACGCUUCAAUCCAAGGAACCUCCCGUUGAAUUCAAGAGGACGGCUUUAUUGGAUCUAGCAGAACUGGUACCGACUUCUGGUAAGGAAAUCAAGAGUUCAGUAGGUUUUCAAGAUGGGUCUACUGCUGUACCAGACGAAUUAAGAUAUAAGCAUGACUGCCUACCGCUUCUCAAUAUGGACCUAAGACUUUCAUAUUUGCGAGACACGUACCCGUAUGCUUCAUUGAUGCUAAUAGAUUCGUCUAAUCUGCACGUCGAAUUCACCAGAAGACCAAAUGAUUAUUUUCAAUUAGAUUUACAACUGCCUCAGGGACCUGCACUGCUUUCCACGAACGUUCGCUGGCCAUUGAGAAAGUUAGAAAACUGUUCUAACCCAACUGCAAUAUUACAAGGCUGCUAUGAAUUCGAUAGACUACGAUGCAGAAGAGAUGAAAUUUUCCAACAAAUUUGGUCAUCUUUACAAUCUAAAGGCGUCUUCCAUCGCAUAAGCGGAUCGCUCUUAUCGCUGUCGAGAAACGAUCUGCUUUUACAACUGAGACUUGAAAUCGAAAUCAAAGAUUUAUUUCCUCAGACGCAUUUGAACGUUCGUUUGUUCAAAAAUGAAAUACCGUUGUCGUCUCCAGAUGUACAGGACAUCUUACAGGGUCUUAUGCAAGAGUACGGUGUCAUGAGGGGUGUAUUAGAAUUAUGUAAAUCCUGCUUUAUUUAG